GACACUGUCAAAGUCAGUUCUCGUCUUUCGUCAGUUAACAUAUUUUCCGAUUGCCGAAAACCAUAAGGAAAAGCUUUAUCUGGCACUAGAAUAAAAUCUAGGUACAAAAUAAUCGGAAAUGGGUAGGAAAAUUCCAGCCAAAAAACACAGAGGUGUAAAAGAUCCCCUUAUUCAACAAGCUAAACGAUUACAAGAAUUAAAAGGCAAAAUAAAUGCACCGCCAAAUGACCCAGACGACCAGCCUGUACCAAAAUCUUUGACUCGAUUAUUUGCUUUUGAGCAUAAAUUAAAAGAGAAAAGUAUGAAUCUAAAAAGAAAGAAAAAGAUAUAUCCAAAAGACAGAGAUAACAAUAAGUCACAGAAUGACAACCCCGUAGCAAAGCUGCGCAAACUGCCCGGAGAAACGGGAAGGAGUUUCACAAUGAGGAUCAACAGUGCCAUGAAGGCCAUUCACACACCCGUUGAACAAGAAGACUAUCCAUUGGACAUUGAGGCAGAAGAUAGAAAAGGUGAGCAGAUGGCACUGCAAAGAGCUCGACGAAAGAGGAAACAGAACAAGGCGACGGCCGCCGCCGGCGAGGAGCCCGCGCCCAAGCUGAGCCGCACCCAAAAACUUGCACUGAAAAAGAAGGCAAAGAAGGAGAAGGCUUCAGAGCGCGGCGAUGGCGAUGGCGAUGGCGAGGUGCGCCGCGAGCGCGUGGCGUUCGGCGAAGUGGCGCACGCGCCGCCCGCGCUCUCCGUGCGCCCGCGACACGCCGCCGGCCGCACAGACCGCAGGCCGGGGCGCAAGGAGCUGCUGCUGAGCGCGAUGCUGAGCGGGGCUAAGGGCGCGCUGCCGCCGGCGGAGGCGGAGCGGCGAGAGCGCGCGCGGCUGGAGGCCGUGGCGGCGUACCGCGCGCUGCGGGCCCGGCCUCGCCCCCAGCCUCACCCCCAGCCUCACCCCCGGCCUCGCCCCCAGCCUCACCCCCAGCCUCGCCCCCAGCCUCGCCCUCUCCCUGCUCUGCCGCACUCUAAAUUAUUAUAA